AUGAAAGCGUUGCCGGAACAGCUGAAGUCGGUGUGUGAAAUUCUACGAAAUUUGGACGUUUCAUUUAACAAAAUUCGUUCACUGCCAACUUCGAUCGGUUUGUUCACGUGCCUACGACAACUGCAUCUUCCAAGUAAUCAAGUGGGAGGUCUGCCGGAUGAAAUUGGUCUCCUUAAACAACUGGAAAUCCUGGAUAUUUCAAAUAACAACCUGUCCAGUGUACCCGAAUCAUUUGCUGGCCUAUGUUCAUUGAAAAAGCUGAAUUUAUCAAAAAACAGAUUCUCACAACUACCCAUAUAUGUAUGUCAUCUAGCAGUACUGGAUAUUUUGGAUAUGUCAUCGAAUAUCAUUGAAUCGCUUCCUGAUGAGGUGAGAUUUCUGAAGACUUCAGAACUGAAUUUGAAUCAGAACAGAUUAAAUUCGCUGAAUAUGGCAAAUUUGAUACAAUGCGAGAAUUUGAAAAUACUUCGAGUGGAAGAGAACUGCCUCAACAAAAAUAGUUUUUCAAGUGAUUUUUUGAAAAAUUCGAAUGUCAGUUUGAUUGCAUAUGCGGGAAAUUUAUUUCAGGAGAAAGAUUUUCAAAAUUUACCCGGCUAUGAGGAAUAUCAAGCAAGAUAUACGGCUACGAAAAGAAAGAUGUGA